GCUAUUGAACUGAUAUGGCGAUGCAGAACUACCCAGCACCUGGGGGGAUCCUUAUGCAGGACAAUAGAGUCUACACUGCCCAGCCAGUAAUAGUGUCCAUGCCUGACCAAAACGUCAAUGAUGAUAUAAUUUUUUCCACAUUCAAUCUUCACUUCUGCAACCCUUGCUGUCUUGGGUUUGGGGCCUUUUACAACUCAAUAAAGGCCAGGGACAGCAGAUUGCUUGGAGACUUCCCAAUGGCACGGUCUUAUGGCGCCAGAGCUCGCCGCAUAAACAUUGCUGCCAUCGUUAUUGGUUCCAUCGCUAUACUUAUCUUCAUCAUCGUCCUUGCCAAGUCAAUGAAUCAACUCACAUCAAGUUAUUACCAUCAUUAACUUCAUCAAAGAAUUGAUGUCUGAAUGUUUUUUGCUUUUUUAAUGCCUGUCAUUAAAACAUUUAUACUUGUUGAAACUUUGCUUUGUUCUUGUUUGGUCAUUGUCACACA